AUGGCGUCUCCUAUUAUCCCCAUGAUUCCUCCUCUGUAUCUCGCGGAGCCUCCACCGGGAUAUACUAGAGUUAUGAAGAACCCACCGACCAGUGCUGGCGCUGUCCUGCCCGCUGGGGUAGCGACUACUGGUGUUGCGCUCAUGAUUGUCAUUAUUCGAAUUCUGACGAGGAAGUUUGUGGUCAAGGGUAAUCUAGGAGUUGAUGACUCAAGUCUAAUCUUCUCUUUUGGCUUUCUAGCCAUGGCAAUGAUGCAAGUUGGCGUUGGAAACCACACAUGGGACGUCCCUAUACGGCCAUAUGUCCCCAUGUUUGGGCAGUACAGCACUGCAUCUAACCUCCUCUACUGCGCCAGCGUCAGUCUCUCCAAGCUCUCCGUCCUCGCCUUCUACCUACGAAUCUCCAUCGACAAACUCGUCCGCCAAGCCGUGUACUUCUGCAUCUCUCUGGUGUGCGCCUAUAGCUUGACCUACGUCUUGCUCAUCGUCUUCCGAUGCUGGCCUAUAAGUGCGACCUUUGACCCACUCCAGCAGGACAAGUGCCUUGAUCUCAGCAUCCUCGCUAUCUACCUCAUCUCCUGCAGUGUUGCAAUGGACCUGUUCCUCAUGAUAAUACCCUUCCGGAUCGUUCAGCCUCUGCAAGUUCCCAUGCGUCAGAAGCUGGGUCUUGCGUUACUCUUUGCAACAGGAGGUUCCAUCAUUGGUGUUACCCUCAGACGACUCUUCAUCACCCUCCCCAUGAUCAAGAGCUACGACUACACUUGGAACCUACCGCCGCAGGUCGUCCUUAGCUUCAUCGAGGUCAACCUGAGCAUCGUCGUCAUCUGCAUCCCGGCCCUCAAGCCUUUCUUCAAGCGCUACAUCCCCUUCCUUAUCCAGUCCAAGAUCCGUUCCCAGGACAAGUCUCCCAAGAACAGCUUCAAUCAGGAGAAGGGAAGCGACUGUCCCAACGUCAUUGAUUCAUAUGAGCUGUCUCACAGAAAGUCAGAUGGUCCUCAAGAUGAAGAGGCAUGUCUAUGGUACAGAGAUCCUGAGCAGGGUGUUGCUGUUGACUCGGAUGGAUUCAGACAAGACACUGAAAGCUUUGACAGCGUGGCCGAUCGUUGUCCUUCUCUGACCCAGAAGCCUGAACCAGCCGUGGUCAGUUUCAGCACCAAGCGGAGUCACAGUUUCAAUGGCAUUGAUGUCAGUAGGGAAACAGUUGUGACGUAUGGUCAAGCAACGUAG